CUUGCUACCAUCACGCCGGGAUACCUUUUGCCAAAUAAACAUUACGCAUAUGCAAGUCAUUCUGACAAGACUACCCUGAGCGAGGUCACUCCUCGCUGGGAAUCAUCUACAGUAGCUAGCUGAGACAGCAUUUUUUGUGAGAAAAGCUAACGGGAGGCUUCCUUAAUCGGUGUUUUGCGACCCAGUUAAGAACUAGCUAGAUACAAAGAAUCCCACAUGGAGACCAACAACAGUAAUGCCAAGUCGCUUCUGAACCAUGCGUCAACUCUAAACCUGCACACCGGGAAUUUAGUGAACCGGAGCCGUCUCAAGAAAAAAUGUCCAUCCUCGCCAAGCGAAGAGCUUCAAGACUGUGUCAGAGGCACCCUGAGUGAGUGGUUCAACACAACUCCUCCCAUCACAGACAAGGAUCUCCCUGAAACGCUGGACUGCUCCAUCCCCCAGACCACAGAGGCCAUCACCCCGGAGGAGAGGGAGGAGCUGAAGGUGUCAGUCAAGCUGUUUCUGUGUGAGUCGGACCAGUCGGCCAUUAAAGAAGCGGUGGACUUGGCCUGCGUGACCCUGGGAGUGUCUCAGCUGGACUCUGUGAUCAUAGCGCCCCCUAGCCUCCCGGACGGGGAGGUCCAGACCCUGGCCCACCUGCAGCCAUGCUGGGAGGAGCUUGAGGCGCUGGUCCGCAGCCACAAGAUCGCCGCCAUCGGCACCUCCGACCUGGACAAGGACCUGCUGGAACAGCUCUACAACUGGGCCCAGGUGAAGCCCAGCAGUAACCAGGUGAACCUUGCCUCCUGCUGUGUUAUGCCUCCUGACCUCACAGCCUUCGCCAAGGAGUUCGACAUCCAACUGCUCACUCACAACGACCCUAAAGAGCUGAUGUCGGCCUCCAGCUUCCAGGAGGCGGUGCAGGAGAGCACCAAGCAGCUGCAGGUGGAGGACUGGCGUCUGGACUGGGUGCUGCGCUACUCCAUCAUCGUCAAGAGCAGAGGCAUCAUCAAGGCCAAGGGCUACCUAGUCCACGCCAGGAAGAACAGCCAGUAGCUAGCCGGUUAGCCGGUUAGCCGGUUAGCCGGUUAGCCGGUUAGCCGCCACACCGCGAAGAAGAACUACUUGUGGAAGACAAGCCGGCAGCAGAGGCGUUCUCCUUCUCUAGACACACACACACACACACACGUGAGCCAGGCCUUUUGCUGCUGUUAAGCAUGGACACAUCCAUGCUUAUACCACCUUUCCAUGUAGACUUAAAAUUAUACACGCUGUGUCGAUGGGAAGAUUUUUGGCAAGUGUGUGGGUGUUUGUUUGUUUAGAGAAUGACAGGCUGUCGGUGAGAGAUUUCAGAACAGUGCUGAAUCAUGACCAAUGCAUACUAGUCCAAACCACUCCCCCUUCCCAACUGCAAGGAAGGGCCUCUGUACACGACAGAGAUGCUAGGUAGCUAACCUCUCAUCCAACAUGGUCUCAAAACCAGGCUCCAGUGAAGUGCCUCUUUCUCUCUCUACUCCUCUUUUCCUUAUCUACACUUAGAGUUGUGUGUCCUUGUAUUACUGGACAUGUGGUGUCUGGUAAAAACGAUUCUGACCUCACUCCAGCUUACUCUAGUAUGGAGUAUCCUGUGUGGUUUAUCAGGCUAGGGUGUAUUGUGUUGGGAAACACAAGUCUGUAUGAUUUAAGUACCACAAAAGGAAGUCAGUUUUAGAAUGUAGAUUUAGCUUUUUUUUCUUUCUUUUUUUUACAGUAUGGACUUUAUAGGUUUAAAUAAUCAGUCUGGCCAGAGAGAAAGAGCUGUCGUUUAGACCAAUCAUUGACAAUACCAAGAGGCACUUGUGUGCAAAUGAGCAACUUCCUCUACUCUUCAUUAUUUUUUGGGAAAAGUUGUAUUUUAAAAUGUUGAUUAAAAGUAUGCUUUUACGUUUUACGAGAACGGAAUCAUGUACAUUAAGGUUAAUCAUUCUGAGACCACAUUGAACAUUUAAUGUGGGCUUGAAGUCUGAGAAAGACACAUUUUUCACAUCACAAGAAGUUCUGCAGACCAUGUCAGAUCGCGCUGGGCGAAACAAGGAUCGUCAGGUUUAGCACGACCUUAUGGAGCCCACGUACUUGCUGUCACCAAAGCAAAAGGGCGACAUUCCACAUACUACCAUGGUGAAACUCAUUAACUUCUUUCAAAGAUUUAACUUUUCGCUCAAAUUAUUAAGAUAUCAUUUAAAAAUAAAGUGUAUUACAUUUGAAACAAAAGCAAAAUAGUUUUCACUUGUAGUCACUGAACACUACUGUAUAUUACACAUUUAUUCAUGUUGAAUGUGUUUUUAUUAUGCUUUUCUUGUUACAUUUUACCCUAUUCUUAUCUUUUAUUGCCUGUUUCUAAAACAUGUUCUACCCCCAAACAGUACUGUCUGUAUGAGAUUGAAACUCUUUCCCCGCGAUAUGGCAAUAAUGAAAACCUCAAAUGUACUGCAAUUACAUAGGGACUUGCAUGAAGAGCUGUUCAUUAUACCACUGGAAAGUUUCAUGGUCUAAAAUAUGAAGGUUGUACUGUAAACAAAGAAUAUAUUUAACGUCAACAUUCAUUCUGUAUAUCAUGUUUUAAUUGGGUUUAUUAAAAUGAUGAAAGCAA